GAGAAGUCACCGUAACCACUGUUGUGACCUUGCAUAGCUCAGUAACAGUUGCUGGACAAAGUAUAAGUAAGUAAUUUGAAUGGAUAGACUGGCUUCUGGCUUCUGUUGAGAUGCCCUUCCACCGUAGGGCUUUGACUCUUCUCUGAAGACUCCUUACAGAGGUAGCUUCAAGACAGUCGUUGGCUUUGAGGUAGUGGACAGACAUAAACUGAGGUGCUUCAAGGCAAUGCAGGGAGCUGAGGUGGCAGACAGCAUAGGUGGUGCUGAGGUGGCUUGGGCUGAAGCCACAGAGAGCUGCAGCUUACCUGAGGGACUCCGGUGCAGGCAUCUCUACUUCGCAAUCAAAGCUGAAAUCGCUUCUGCUAGGUCAGGUGGUAAAAGACAUUUCUCCCUCCCCCUGGCAACCCAGGCAGCACUUCCCAUAGGGGUUGAUGACUGAACUGGACACCAAACUGCAAGUAGUGGGGCUGGGAUGAGAGAAAUGGCCAGAGUGCAUUAGGAAAACUAAGUUUGGAACUAACUACUGCUAAGACACCUUGGGGAAGAGUCUUACCUAACACAGUCCAUUUAUUAACUGUUGGCUUUUCUGAGGUCAUUCUGUUGCCCCUUUUUCCUUUCUGCCCCCUGCCCCAUAAAGUUCUUUGUUUUAAACCCCUGAACUCCCCAUCCCGUUCAAACCUAUGCAGCAUCAGUUGGUCUCCUAGUAACAUGCCUGUUUAUCUAUCUACACCUCAUCACACCUCUCCCUAAUAAACCAGUCACGUCCUAUUCCCUGAGCCUAUCAGUUUUCCCAUACUCCCCUUCCGUUUGAAUCUCGUGCCUUACAGUCUCUCUGAUCACACCUUGCUCAGCUACAGAUGCUAACUGCAUUGUAAUCUUCUGUACUGAUUUGAGUUUGCAGGUGUCGCCUGUCAGCUGCUGGGAAUCAGGGUUCUGUGAUUCUGUGCAAUGUAAUACAAACGUGCUACAAUGAGGCCAGACUCAGUGUGGCGGGUGGUAGAAAAAAGAGAAAUCAUUAGCAAUCCGGCGUCUCUCUUAAUCCAAAGGCAGGUGCUGCUACACCUACGGCCCGGAGGCUAGCGUGUUGGUGGAGCAGUUACUGCAGGAGUUUAGAAAAGGUGGCUGGGUGUGGGGAAUAUUGGACUAGUGAUAUUUGAAGGCAGUUAACACCGAGGUGUGACAGGAAUUAUUUAGGGCAACGCAAGAGGGGGACAGGGGGGCCAAUUAUGAGCCAUGGGGUUGAAACUAAGCAAUGGAAAAGAUCUGGACAAACUCCUUGACAGUGCCCCAAGGAAGCCCCAUCUCUUGAUAUUUCAAACCCAGGCUGCACAACAGCCUGCAGGAAUUAAUCCUGCCCUGGUAGGGAGAGGGGAUGGAGUGAUCUUUUUCAGCUCUAAUUCCUCCAUUAAAUCAGAUGGAUGAACAUGGUGAAAAACUACAUUUCCCAGUCUCCCCUGCAGCCCUGGGGAUAUAAGCAAUUGGAAGAUUUAAAUAGACCAGGCCUGAAGCAACCAACCUUUGGCAUACAGAAUUCCCCUCCUCUUCUCUGUAUCCAUUGGCUGUUUAACCUUUUUUCUGGUGUUGGACUGGCUGCCCAGCCUGGCAUUAAUUUUUCUUCCAAGCUUGCUAGGCCCAUGAAGUAAACAGCCAUGUGCAUUCCUUGCUCUAUAUUUAACAGCUGCAGUCUGUGCUGGGGGAGACUGAACAAGAAGGGAAUCUGUGUCGCUUACCAAAUUUCUCUCUCUGAAGGGGGGAGGUGGGAGAGCUGAUUGGAAGGGAAGAGGGAUUUCUCUCCUGUACAGUUUUUUGAAAGCAGGUUUCAUCUAGGGAGCUGCACAAUGCCAGCAUCCCAAAGCCGGGCCAGAGCCAGAGAGCGGAACAAUGUCCUGAACAGGGCUGAGUUCCUCUCGUUGAACCAGCCCAUGAAAGGGAACCAGGAGACCAGGAGCUCCAGCAGAAAGCAGGGCAGCCAGUCAGGUCUGGCUCCCAUCCAAAACGAGGGCACCAAGGAGCGGAGGCAAUCGCAGCAGCUUCCCGAGGAGGACUGCAUGCUGCUGAACCCCUCCUUCAAGGGAAUUGCCUUCAACUCCCUGCUGGCCAUCGAUAUCUGCAUGUCCAAGAGGCUGGGGGUCUGUGCCAGCAGCGCCUCGUCCUGGGGCAGCGCCCGCUCCAUGAUCACACUCAUCGGGAUCACAGGGCAUGGUGUACCCUGGAUCGGGGGCACACUCAUCUGCCUGGUGAAGAGCAGCACGCUGGCGGGACAGGAGGUCCUCAUGAACCUGCUGCUAGCCUUACUCCUGGACGUCAUGAUUGUGGCAGGACUGCAGAAGCUGGCCAAGCGCCGAGGCCCAUACGAUGUCCACCCCGGCCUCUUGGACUAUCUGACCAUGGACAUCUACGCUUUCCCAGCCGGCCACGCCAGCCGAGCUGCCAUGGUGUCCAAAUUCUUCCUCAACCACCUGGUUUUAGCCAUCCCACUCCGGAUCCUGCUGGUCCUCUGGGCCUUCUGCGUAGGGCUUUCCCGCAUCAUGAUUGGACGGCACCAUAUCACAGAUGUUCUGUCCGGCUUUGUCUUUGGCUACUUGCAGUUCAGGCUGGUGGAGUUGUUGUGGAUGUCUUCCAACACGUGUCAAAUGAUAAUAUCAAUCUGGUGAACAUAAGAAUCCCUGACGGAAACUAGCAGACACUUUAAGAUUCUUUCUCUCAUUUUUUUUAAAUAUAAUUCUUCAUAUUUAUUGGGAAAAAAAUUAACUUCCAUAAGUAGUAGUAGUCUUUUUACUGUUGCUCCCUUGUCUGAAAAAAAAAAUGUUUCUUGCAGAUGGUUAGGCUUCAACAAAACAAGGGCCAGCCAUCACAGUAUUUUGGCCACUUUUUAAAAUCCCAUUUGUAUGGUAACCAAACUAAGCAGUAAAGAUAACAAAAUGAGUUCUCUUUGGAUGGUGCACAUCUGAUGCCCAGGUGCGUUCUCAGAAAACCUGUUAUCCCUUUGGGAUGCGUUAAUUAGCUUCUUGGAGACAAAACAUUUUGGGGCGAAGUUCUACAGCGCUUUUUCUGUCUGCCAGCCCAAUGAUUGUGUCUUGUACAGGGCCGGGCACACUGCCGGCACCUCACAGAUAAUAAAUAAUCAUAAAAGUUCUGCCAUGUUUGUUUCUUAUCAUAUAUUGGGGGACUCUCCCAAGGGAAAAUGGUGGAAAACCUAUCGAUUGGGACUUUUAAAUAAAUGCUGAACAAUGCCGUGCAGGGAACACUCCUGCACUGGCCCUUGGGAGACAGAACAGUGGCCCUGAUUAGAGCACUUAAACACAUGCUUAAUUUUGAAUGUGUGAUUAAAUCUUUUUAACUUCAAUGGAACUUAAGCACGUGCUUAUGUGUUUUGCUAAAUAGGAAUGAAUUUCUGCACAUACUUAAAGCUAAAUGUUUUCUUAAGUAGUUUGCUGAAUUAGGCCCUAGAUCAGCUAUUCAAAAUUCUACUCAGCUAGGGUGAAUGUGUGUAUGUAUUGGGGGGAGCGGGGGUUGUUUUUUGGAAGGACGAAUAAAAUACACACUUUCCUCAUGGUCAAGGGUGGGUGAUUUGAUUUUGUCUGUUCAUGGCAAUUUUGAAAGACUGGAAUAGAUGGGACCCCCUGAGUCUUUUCUGUCUCUUAACUUCUAUGAUUUUAGAUACAUGCCAAUUAAUAAAAUGUGGUAAGAGGUGAUUUUCAUGGCAGUUCCAGUCUCAGAUGAAAUGCAAUCCAGCACAUAGGGAGUAUGGUGUACUAGCCAGAGUAAGGAUUUGGAAGCCUAGAGUUGUUGUUUCUACUCCUGAGCAUGGCUUACUUGCUUUGUGACCUGGGCAAGUGACUUCAUUACCCCAUGCCUCUGUUUCCCCAUCUGUAAAAUGGGGGUAAUGAUCUUAGCCUUCCUGGGUUGUGAGGCUGAGUUAACUGAUGUUUGUGAGCUCUUGAGAUUGUUGGCUGGCAAGUGCAGCACAAGUGCACAGCAUUGUUGUUUUGAGCUAUCAUCCUGAAAAUUGGUCAGUUUAUAUCAGAAUUGACUGUAUUUGAAAAAUGUGAUCCAUCUCGGAUGCCUAAUGCGAUGACCAUGUGGAGAAGCCCCAGGUUUUGAAAACUGUCUCCUUCCUCUUCAGAAACGAGGUCAUGGCAUUUGGUGGAGGACCCCACCAGAACAUCAGGGUCUCCCGUAGUUAGGUGCUUCUUCCCUGCUCCAGGUUUCCCUGCUCUCAAGAUGACUGACCUCCACCUUCAGGGAGAGAUUGAGGCAUGGGAGGGUGCACUCCAAGGUGGUUAAAUUAUUUGGAUCAUGUGACAGGAAGGCAGCGCAGGCCAGGCCAUGGGCUCUGGACACGCCAGCAAGGAUGGGCCGGGCGUGCCAGGUGGGAGAAAAGCCUGCGAAGCUGCAGCUGGACUGAGGAAGCAGCUGCCGGCAGAAGAGGAGAGGAGGAGGGAAUGGGAGCCCCCCCACCACCACUACCAAGACCAGAGAAGGGCAUGAGAUGGUUUGAGCUUGGUGAGGAGAAGGUCAGGCUUGCAGAAUGCUGGAGUGAUGCAGCUAAAGCUGACCCCUCUGGAGGGGGCAAAGACCCAGCAGGUGGGUGGGGAGAGGAGGGAAGGCCAUUUUCCUUUCCCAUGUUAUUAGAGCUGGGUGAAGAACAGACUUUUUUGGUUCACUGGCGGUAGUUCUGAAAAACUGGGGAAAAAACUGUUGGGUUUCAGUUUCCUUUUGAUUUUGAACAUUGAUUCGCGCGUCUCAUUCUUCCAAAUAAAGUUCAAGGCCAUUUCAAAAUGAAAAGUCCCUUCAAAUCAGAAAAUCAAAAUGUUUCCUUUCGAAAUGGUCCAAACAAAAUAUUUUGAUUUA